AUGGAGAUGGGAGUUCCAAACGCUAAGAACGAAGAUCAUCAGUAUGCAUCAAACAUCCCUGGUGACCAGCCUCCUAACAACUUGCAACACCCCAAUCCGAUGUACCCUUCACACACACAGGACGACACAGAUCCUGUACACCAACAGAAUAGUCAAGACCCCAAUCCGAUGUACUCUUCACACACACAAGACGACACAGCUCCUAUGCACCAACAGAAUACCCAAUACCACAAUCAGAUGUACACUAUACAUACACAAGACGACACAGAUCCUAUGUACCAACAGCAUACUGAAGACCCAACUAUGAUGUACACUUCACAUACACAAGACGACACAGAUCCUAUGCACCAACAGAAUACCCAAUACCACAAUCAGAUGUACACUAUACAUACACAAAACGACACAGAUCUUAUGUACCAACAGCAUACUGAAGACCCAACUAUGAUGUACACUUCACAUACACAAGACGACACAGAUUCUAUGUACCGACAGAAUACCCAAGACCCCAAUCCGAUGUACACUUUACAUACACAAGACGACACAGAUCCUAUGUACCAACAGAAUACCCAAGACCCCAAUCCGACGUACACUUCACACACACAAGACGACACAGAUCCUAUGUACCAACAGCAUACCCAAUACCACAAUACCGAACCAGCUUCCCGGUCUGCUAGUAGUGAAGGCAACAUCUUCAACCGGCCGUCUGCAGGUAGAUAUAUGGCAAACAAAGAAACAUCUGUUAAGACAGCUUACAGUGAUGACGACCCCUACAUCCAGCCAUAUGCAACUUACCGUGGUGAAGAAGCUGAUCGUGAUGACAGUUUCGGCACUACCUACACCUUUGGUUACCCUUUCGUGGACACUACCUACACCAUUGCUCAACCUGCUGUGGACACUACCCACACUACUGGUCACCCUUCGGUGGACACUAGCUACACCACUGCUCACCCUGCCGUGGACUCUACCUACACCAAUGGUCACCCUGCCGUGGACUCUACCUACACCACUGUUCAACCUGCAAUGGACUCUACCUACACCACUGCUCACCCUGCAAUGGACACUACCUACACCACUGCUCACCCUGCAAUGGACACUACCUACACCACUGCUCACCCUGCAAUGGACACUACCUACACCACUGCUCACCCUGCAAUGGACACUACCUACACCACUGCUCACCCUGCAAUGGACACUACCUACACCACUGCUCACCCUGCAGUGGACACUACCUACACCACUGCUCACCCUGCAAUGGACACUACCUACACCACUGCCCACCCUGCAAUGGACACUACCUACACCACUGCUCAACUUGCCUACACCACGCCAUUCGUCCACACAGGUUGA